UUCCAUCCGAAUCAAUUAAGAUUUUUUGACACCUCAGCCCCCCUUCCGUAGACCAGGUCACAUAUGUUUAACGCAAUCUAACGUCAGAGCAGUGCCUCCAGUGCUACAAUUAGCAACCACGCUCUCACUUUGGCUAGCGGUGGAUACCAGCACAGUGUAGGCAGUGAAUAUUUGAUUGGGAUUUGUCAAAGCACUGUUUCGAAGCUGACAUCCCAUGUGCUUAAAGAAAUGGAAGCCAAGUUGUGCCCGCAGUUUAUACGGUUUACACCAGAGGAUUCCCUUACGUGUAAAGAGUGGUUUGUGCAGCAACAUAAAAUUCCUGGAGGGGAUUCUGGCUACCCAUUGGAACCAUGGUGCAUAACUUCUUACAGAAACGCUUCGAAUGAUGCAAAAGAAGCUAUGUUUAAUGAAAUUCAUUCCAAGGCAAAAUGUAUCGUCGAACGAACUAUCGGAAUUUUAAAAGGGCGCUGGAGAAUUUUAGGAUAUGGUAAGAGAGGAAGGUACCAUCCGACAAAAGUGGCAAGAUUUGCUAACGUUUGUGCAGCAUUACACAACAUCUGCAUAAAAUUUAAAAUAAAUUAUGAUCCUCAGAAUUGCGAUUCUGACCAAGCAACGGAUAUCGACACCGAGGUAGCGAACCGCCUCACCGCAAUCUGCCAAACAAUAAGAGAUAAAAUAAAGCACUCUUUAAUAAAUUCAAGAUGAAAAUGUCUAUGUCGUUACCCUUGUAAAUAUUUUUUUCCUUC